CGGGACCGUGCCGGUGCAGCGGGCGCCCCAGCCCGGCGGACCCGCAGGCGGAGGGGCUCCGAGCCGGGCGCCCCACAGCGCCGUUCCGCGCGGCGCAGAGCGGAGCCGCCGCAGCCCCCCGCGCCGCCCGGGACCCACUUGGCACCGCUGCCUCCGCAGUACCCAUGGGGACCAGGAGACUUUAAAGGAGUUUGGGGUUCCGGGAGCAGGGAAAUCACGGGUACGGAAAGGCGGCUUUCUUUGCCUUGGAGACGUUUUCUCUUCGAUGGUUUGGACCCUGUGCCCGAUCCCCGCUCCUGGCCCUUGCCUCGUGCGUCAUUGAUGGGCAACCAACUGGACCGCAUCACCCACCUCAACUACAGCGAACUGCCCACGGGGGACCCAUCUGGGAUCGAGAAGGACGAGCUACGGGUCGGGGUCGCCUACUUCUUCUCCGAUGAGGAGGAGGACCUGGACGAGCGCGGCCAGCCGGACAAGUUUGGAGUGAAAGCCCCCCCGGGGUGCGCGCCCUGCCCGGAGAGCCCCAGCCGCCACCCCCACCACCUGCUGCACCAGCUGGUGCUGAACGAAACUCAGUUCUCCGCCUUCCGGGGCCAGGAAUGCAUCUUCUCCAAAGUGAGCGGCGGCCCGCAGGGCGCCGACCUGAGCGUGUGCGCGGUCAGCGCGCUGCCUGCGCUCUGCGAGCCGGGCGACCUGCUGGAGCUGCUGUGGCUGCAGCCGGCCCCCGAGCCGCCCGCGCCCGCCCCGCACUGGGCCGUGUACGUGGGCGGCGGGCAGGUCAUCCACCUGCACCGGGGCGAGAUCCGCCAGGACAGCCUGUACGAGGCGGGCGCGGCCAACGUGGGCCGCGUGGUGACUAGCUGGUACCGCUACCGCCCGCUGGUGGCCGAGCUGGUGGUGCAGAACGCCUGCGGCCACCUGGGCCUCAAGAGCGAGGAGAUCUGCUGGACGAACUCGGAGAGCUUCGCCGCCUGGUGCCGCUUCGGCAAGCGGGAGUUCAAGGCCGGGGGCGAGGCGCCGGCGGGCGCGCCGCCGCCGCAGCAGCAGUACCACCUCAAGGUGCACCUGGGCGACAACAAGGUGCACACCGCCCGCUUCCACAGCCUGGAGGACCUCAUCCGCGAGAGGCGCCGCAUCGAUGCCAGCGGCCGCCUGCGGGUGCUCCAGGAGCUCGCCGACCUGGUGGACGACAAGGAGUAGCCCGGGCCGCCGCCUGCGCCCCCCGUCCCUCUCCCCCCCCCUCCCCGCGCCAGCUUCCUCCCCAGCG